AUGUGGGAUCGUCUUAGGCCGAAGGAGGUCACCACCCCCACUCUCAGCAGGAAGAAAUUGGAAGCAUGGCAAGCGGCUCACUCGCAGACAUCACCUCGUGGUUCACCCCGUGGCAUCAUCGGCGGCAAUAGCCAAUACCAAUAUGCAGUGAAAGGCGGACCUACACCAUCGAAAAAUGCCGACGAUCUGCUCGCGAAUGCGCAGCAAACACAGGAGCAGAACUCAACAGCUUACCUGACACCGCCGACCGGCCACAGAAUUCAGCGUGACUCGAUUCAUGGCCGCCCGACCUCGUCUGUGUAUUCACAGCCUUCACCAGAGGCCGCUGUUUUUGCGGCAAAUCAGUUGAGGAAUGACAUUGGCCGUCCCGAUACUUUGGAGGUGUCGCCGCCCAGCUCACCGGAUAUCACUUCGCCCAAAGAAGGACCAUAUCCUGGAGAUGUCUCUCCCAUUGAUGAAGCGAUGGAGGCACCUCAACCCUUCCAGGAGCGGCAGGCGAAAACUGGACCUCGGAGUAAUAUACCGAUGAUGCGCCGCGAGCGUAGGAAGAACUCAGACGCGCUUGCAGACUCUAUUCGCGAAUCCAGGUUACGCGAACGAACCACACCGCCACGCCCUUACGGCCACGAUGUUCGCUGGGACCCUAGGACAGGUGAGCCGACAACUAGUACAAAGGGCCGCCCGUCUCAAGUCAACCCGCAAGAAUAUGCACAUGGUCUCACGAACCGGGUAGUUCCCGCCGAAUCCUCCCCGCCGAAUCCAGCUUCACUUCGCAACCGCCUACGUCCAAUGCGGCAAGGUAGUGCCAGCCCUCAACCCGAACCAGCGCCGCGGCCGGAAUGGCGAGGCGCUAGCGGCCGAACCGCAAUUGUUGCACCGGUGAGGGAUAAUCGGAACGUUGCGCCCUUGAACAUGCCGCCGAGGAGUGAUAAGAAAGCCGACCGAAGCGUUCCGAUGUUGUCACCUAUCGAGUCUAAUGGGUCUGAAGCAGCUUCAUCACCACACCAGGCUGAUACGCAAACCCCUACGUCUCAUGAGCAUGAAACGAGUAGCACUGCGAAGCCAGGUGCACCACCUUCCUCACGGCCAUCACAGUCGCCCAAUACUACAUCAAACCUUCACUCAAGCCCAGUACCAUCAGCACACCCGACUCCUUUAUCAACGAAAGUUGGCCAAGCAACUCAGCCGCUGGCACAGGGUCCGAGUACUACAACUCCUUCGCCAUUGAGACCAUUGCAGAUGCCCUCGAAUGACAAGGCAAUACGCAGAAAACCAGCAAGAGCUUCGUCGGGUCAAUACCCCGACAAUUCGCAAUCUGGUCCUUCCCCCAAGGCUUCCACAGCGACUUCGAGAGAAUGGGCACAACCACCCUCACGUCUCAAUACCACACCAAAUCAGACCUUCACCCCUCGCAUUGGUGUCGAUGAUGAGAAGCCCCCGUUGUCUACAACAACCCAAAUGAUUACGCCUACACACUCUCCAAAGCCAAUCCCAGAGCUAUCGAUGCUCGACCGUAGACGGCCUACUAUCCCAGGUUACGAAGACUCGCCGAGAACGACGCCGACGGAACCAGUAAAGAUAAACCUAGAUUCACCGUUCUACACGGUCUCAUCAACCACAAAAGCCUCAAAAACUCCAGGUUCCGAACUGCGUCCCCCACGAGGAUUGAUACCCGAGGGGAAUCAUUCAACCCUAAGCGUGGCAUCCGUCGUGACGGUCGACAAGUCUUUGCCCCCAGCGCCCCCAGAAGCCUCGGCCACAGACCGAGUAACGGGACUGAACGCGCAGCUCGAGGCACUAGGGAACCGCCGUAUCAACAUCAACACGGCGAUCCGAAAGUUGACGGAGAUGAUGCCGACGGACAAUAUCCUGGCGUCAGAUGCCGUCGUGCGCAAGCGCGAGAUGGAGAAGCGCAAGGUAGAGACCCUGCGUGCAGAACUCGCCGACGUCGAACGCCAAUCCUACGAGUUGGGACUCAAACUCCAUCGCGCGUACAAGCGCCUCGAUCGCCAUGCGGAGUUCGAGCCCACGACACUCUGGGUUCGGAGAGUUACGGGUUAG